GCCGUGCGCCGUGACUCCUCCGGCUGCAAUAAUAAUGGCGGCCCCCGGCUCUUCUCAGGCCCCGGUAUCGUUCGGGUUCAGCCGUGUCUCCAAACCGAAGCUCGUCGUCCCCAGCAGUAAGGAGGCGGAUGAUGGGGAAGAGAAGGAGUAUCUGCUGGCGGCGGAGGGGAAGGAGCUGCUGGGCACUAAACCAGUCGCCGAGACCAAACCUCUAGUGAUCCCUCUGAUCCAGAAGAACAGGUGGUCCCAGCUGAGCAAGGAGAAGGCCGAAAAUGGCGUCCCGCAGAAAGAGCUUGACCCGAUGCUGUCACAAGCCGUGCAGGAGCUUAUUGAAGAAUCUCGGAAGAAGGAGCAGGAAGAUUCUGAGGGGGACCAAACUGUCAGCAUACCCCUGCUCAUGCAAAACAGAGUACCCGAUGGCUAUGAAGAUGGGGACAAAGUAAAUGUGAGCCUGAGGCCAGAGCCUGCGGAGGCUGCAGACUAUGAAGUGGUGCCCGUGGAGCAUUAUGGGAUGGCCAUGCUGAGAGGGAUGGGCUGGAAGGAGGGAGAAGGCAUUGGAAAGACCUUCAAGCAGGAUGUGAAGCCAUUAGAGCAAAAGCUCCGUCCCAAGGGACUAGGACUAGGUGCGGACCGGUCUGCUAUCAGUGACCUCGAGCCCCAAAGACCCUGCAGACCCCCGAAACCAGGGGACAAACCAGCGGAGGAAGCAAAAGGCCUUGGUACGGGAAGCGCAGUGCUGAUACAGAGUGGCGCCCACAAAGAACUGUACGGGAAGGUGGAAGGCCUGGAUGCAGACAACUGCCGAGCAUUGGUAAAGCUGGCUAUUGGUGGAAAAGUUGUGACCAUUUCCCAAUUUGCAAUACGAUUGGUCAGCAGUGCAGAGUACAGCAAAUAUGCAAAGGAUCUUAGUCGGUUAAGUAAAGCAGAGCAACAGAAGGAGCGGCAUGAAGAUAAGGAGGAACAGCGGAGGGAACGCUCGCCAGACAGAGAGCAAAGAAGACGAGAUGACGAGGAGACCAGAGAGCAGAAAAAGAAUGGACACUCCAGCAGCCGAGACAAGAGACAUCGACCAAGGAGCCCGGACAGGGAGAAAGAGGAGAAGAAGAAGCAAAAACAGGAAGAACAGAGUUGGUUACAUCGCGACUUGAAGGUUCGGUUUAUAGACAAACGUUACAAAGGAGGAAAGUACUACAACUCCAAGAUGAUGGUAGAAGAUGUCUCUAGCCCCACAAUCUGCGUGUGUCGGACAGAAAACGGACGUAUCCUGGAAGAUAUAACACAGGACAUGUUGGAAACCGUCAUCCCUAAAGACGAGGGAGACCACGUGAUGGUGGUGCUGGGAAAACAUCGAGGGCAGGUGGGGAAGAUCCUACACAGGGAAAGGCAUAAGAGCCGAGCAUUGGUGCAGCUAGAAGAAGAAAGUGACGAUGCAGUCACCUUAAGCUAUGAUGUCAUUUGUCACUAUGUCGGGAUGCGUGAGGACUGACCACCGUAACCAUGGCAGAUGCACGUUUCGUACAUUCUGUCUAGGCUAUUGUAUUUUUUCAUUUUAUUUAAUACCUGUAAAUAAACUUUUUUUUUU